AUGGAGAUCAUUGAACCAACUGCACCAAAGCGCCCCGAUCCGAUCUCAAUCUCCCCGCUACUUCAGCGACUGGCCUACCCCCCCACAGCAGACCUUCGAGUAAGCGCAGAGAAGAUUGCCGAGGUCGGCGCGGAUGAGAUUGCUGCAGCUUUUGCAUUGAUCUUCGAGGAUCGACUGUCUCAUGUUCAGACUGCUGCACUCUUGACCUUGCUCCACUCAACCGGCAAAGACCGGGAUCCUGCGGUAAUUGCGAAAUGUUCUCAAGGUAUGCGAGAUGCAGCUUGCCAGGUCGAAAAGGGCGCUAUGAAGAAGAUUAUCAAGGCUCGUGGGAGAAAAGAAGGAAACUAUCAAGGUGGAUUGUGUGAUAUUGUCGGAACUGGCGGAGAUUCUCACUCUACUUUCAACAUUUCUACAACCUCGUCAAUUGUUGCAUCGCCACUCUUGAUGACCGCCAAACAUGGCAACCGUGCCCAGACCUCGUUCUCUGGAUCUGCGGAUGUUCUCCAGUCCAUUGUGCCUAUUGCACCCAACAUUGAUGCCGUAAACGCCGAGAAUCUGCACAAGGUGUAUGAGAAGACUAACUAUUCGUUCCUUUUUGCCCCCAACUUCCACCCUGGGAUGAUGCAUGCCAACCCGGUUCGCCGCGGCCUUGGUCUCCGAACUAUCUUUAACCUUAUGGGUCCCUUGGCAAACCCUAUUGACUGGGCAAUCGAAGCUCGUGUCGUCGGUGUAGCUUAUCAGAGUCUUGGUCCUGUUUUUGUCGAAGCUCUCAGACAAAGUGGCGCGAAAAAGGCUCUCGUUGUCUGUGGCCAAGAGGACAUGGACGAGAUUAGCUGUGCCGGUCCAACCAACUGCUGGAGACUUUCUGAAUACCCCAACCCUGCCUACAAGGAGUCAGAUGACGGAGAUGAUUCGAGUGACGAGGAAGACCACAACCCUCGUACGCUGGUGAAGCUCGAUACUUUCCAGCUUACGCCGUCAGACUUCGGUCUCCCUAGUCACCCUCUGUCCUCUGUGUACGGACGCAAGAUGCCUAAGGAUAACGCUGCCAAGCUCAUGAGCAUCCUCCGCAACGAGCUUCCACGGGGCGACCCCAUUCUGGAGUUCGUUUUCAUGAACGUUGCAGCUCUCCUAGUUACCUCCGGUGUCUGUGAAGCCAAUACUAGCAACAUGGGCCCUGGCGAUGAUGGCAAGGUCAUUACCGAGCGUGGUCCUGGAGGCGGACGUUGGAAGGAAGGUGUCCGCCGUGCCCGCUGGGCAAUUGAGAGCGGCGAGUCUUUGAAGUGCCUGGAGCAGUUCAUUGAGGUCAGCAACUUGCUUUGA